AUGGGAGCUACCGGAGGCUCUGCGUAUUCUUACAAAUACUUCACGGUCCAGUUUCCUGCAGCACGACCAUCCGUCGCCCAUGUCGAGAUUAACCGCCCAGAGAAACUAAAUGCAUUCAUUGAGCCAAUGUGGCUCGAGAUGCGUCAAGUUUUCGAUCAACUGUCUUCCGAUUCCUCUGUCCGUGCAAUUGUCAUCACGGGCGCGGGAGACAGAGCCUUCACUGCCGGACUGGAUGUCAAACAGGCCCCCCUAGAGCUCUUCAAUGAUAAGGGCGGCUCCGACACCGCACGUAAAGCGUUCAAUCUUCGACGCUACAUCCUUGAGUUUCAAGACUGCCUUACUGCUAUCGAGCGCUGUGAGAAACCUGUCAUCGCUGCCAUGCAUGGAUACGCGUACGGGUUUGCGAUCGACCUUUCUGCCGCUGCCGAUAUCAGAAUAUGUACUCGGGAUGUUCGCUUCUCCGUCAAGGAGGUCGAUAUUGGGAUGGCAGCAGAUAUUGGUGUACUAAGCCGACUACCCAAGAUCGUAGGCAAUUUUGGCUGGGUGAAGGAGGUGGCACUUUCAGCACGGAUCUUUGGCGCCGAAGAGGCUCUCAGAGUGGGAUUCGUAAACUCGAUUCAUGAUUCGAAAGAGGCAGUGGUGGGAGCGGCUUUGGAUAUUGCCAGUCUUGUUGCACAGAAAAGCCCGGUUGCAGUGCAGGGAACCAAGGAACUGCUGAAUUGGUCCAGAGACCAUCCUAUUGCCGAAGGUCUUCGCUACACGGCUGUUUGGAAUAGUGCUGCUAUACAAACAGGCGACGUGUCUACGGCUUUGACGGCUGGCGUAGAGAAACGCACGCCGACGUUUGAAAAGCUGUAA